AUGUCAGUAAACCCAGAAUUUAUAGCCGAUGGCAUCGAUUUUUAUCCAACAACGCCCGAUGCCGCGUAUUUCAAUGCCGCUGAUGGUAAAAAUAAAGUUAACAGGAUAAAUGGUAACUCAGAAAAUUUACACCACUCCUUUGCAUCGGGUUGCCGUAGAUCAUCUCUUUCAGUCGACUUUAAUGUUACCUCGUCCGAUUCAGAAAAAAGUGAACAGAGCUGCUUGGAAAACAACUCUCAAGAAGACGAAUAUUUUUGUGACAUUUUUUCCACUGAAUUAAAAUUAGAUGAAACUUCUAACAAGUCAACCGAUUAUUCCAGUUCAAAUCACCAGUAUCCUGAACAACUGGAGUUGCACAAUUAUAAACUGCUCAAUAAAAUUGGUGAAGGGGCAUUUUCCAGAGUAUUUAAAGCAGUAGGCAUCAACACGGAUGACCAAGCUCCUGUUGCCAUCAAAGCAAUCAUAAAGAAAGGCAUUUCGAGCGAUGCCAUCUUAAAAGGGAAUGAUAGAAUCCAAGGUUCCAGCAGAAAGAAAGUCUUAAACGAAGUUGCCAUCCACAAACUGGUUUCGAAAAAUAAUCCGCAUUGUACAAAAUUUAUCGCAUUCCAGGAAUCGGCGAACUACUAUUACUUAGUGACGGAGUUAGUCACAGGUGGGGAAAUAUUUGAUAGGAUCGUCCAACUAACAUGCUUUAGUGAAGACUUAGCUCGUCAUGUCAUUACUCAGGUAGCAAUUGCAAUUAAACAUAUGCACUACAUGGGUAUUGUGCAUCGUGAUGUCAAACCAGAAAACCUACUAUUUGAACCUAUCCCAUUUUAUGGCCUUGAUGGGGACAUGCAAAAAGAAGACGAGUUUACAUUAGGUGUCGGCGGAGGCGGUAUUGGUUUAGUGAAGCUAAUGGACUUCGGACUAGCCAAGAAACUUCGGAACAAUACCGCAAAAACUCCCUGCGGAACGAUAGAAUACGUCGCAUCAGAAGUAUUCACCUCCAAACGAUAUUCCAUGAAAGUUGAUAUGUGGAGUAUUGGCUGCGUACUAUUCACGUUAUUGUGUGGAUAUCCUCCGUUUUACGAAAAGAACGAAAAAACAUUAUUGAAGAAAAUAUCGAGAGGAGAUUACGAAUUCUUGGCGCCAUGGUGGGACAACAUAAGUUCUGGCGCUAAGAACGCAGUUACCCAUCUUUUGGAGGUUGACCCAAACAAGAGAUACGAUAUCGAUGACUUCCUAAAUGAUCCUUGGUUAAAUUCGUACGAUUGUUUGAAGGAUUCAAACUCAAAUUCUUAUGCCAGCGUGCAAAGCAUACUAAAUGAUUCAUUCGAUGAGAGAGCAGAGACCCUACAUUGUGCAUUAAGCUGCCAAUCUGAAAAACAAGAUGACACCGAGUUUUCCAGAAGUGAAAGCUCGGAAUACAUAUUUAUGACGGAAGAAGACAGAAACCUACGGGGCAGUUGGAUCGGUGAGCCAAAAGAGUGUUUUACCUUAGACCUUGCAACAUCUUCUAUAUACCGAAGAAGGAAGAACAAGAUAUUCUUCUGGUAA